AUGUCUGCGACAGAAGACAAACUGGCCAGCGAGGACGUGCCUGUCUCCGGCGAUGCUCGCGCUGCAGAGAACCCCGAUUCCAUCAAACAGGAUGGCGCACACUCGAGUGAAGUCCAGACGACCGACGCCCAGCGAAAUGCCACCGACGACGCCGUCUGGUCUGUCUGGACGCCCACGCAGAAAAAGAUCAUCAUCCUCGCGGCCGGCAUCGCGUCCUUCUUCUCGCCCAUCUCGGCGCAGAUCUUCUUCCCGGCGCUCAACACGAUUGCCGCCGAUCUGAAGGUGUCGAACUCUCUGGUCAACCUGACCAUUACCACGUACAUGUUCAUGCAGGGCCUGGCGCCGACGUUCAUCGGGCAGUUCUCCGACAACGCGGGCAGACGCCCCGCGUACAUGAUCUGCUUCGUCAUCUAUAUCGCGGCGAACAUCGGCCUGGCCGUGCAGAACAGCUAUCCCGCCCUGAUGGUCCUUCGCUGCCUCCAGAGCGCCGGAAGCAGCGGGACAGUCUCCCUCGCCAACGCGGUUGCGGCGGACAUUGUGACCUCGUCCGAGCGCGGCGUCUACGUCGCCUAUCUCUCAGUGGCGCCGAUGAUAGGGCCGUCGCUGGGCCCUGUCAUCGGCGGUCUCCUCGCGCAGUAUGUCGGCUGGCAUUUCAUCUUCUGGUUUCUGGUCAUCGUCGCCGGAGCUGUCUUUGUCCCCAUGCUCUUCUUCUUCCCAGAAACGUGCCGCAAGGUUGUUGGCGACGGGUCUAUCCCGCCCGUGGCAUGGAAUCGAUGCUGCACGAACAUCAUCCAGGAGAAGAGGGCCGUCAGGGCGGGGAAGACGAUCCCCUGGGAGAAACGCGACGAGCUGGCCCGGGGCCGUCAUCUGCGCGUCCCUAAUCCGUUUGCAACGCUCAAGCUCGUCUUCCAACGAGAAAGCGGGUACGCCCUGGCCUACAUCGCGAUCGUCUGCUGUGGCAUGUACGCGACAGUGGCCAUGAUUCCGUCCCAGUUCGCGGAUAUCUACCGCUUUAAUCAGCUGCAGAUCUCGCUCUGCUACAUCCCGCUGGGUGUUGGCAGCAUGGUCGCCGCGUUCGUUCGAGGCCGCGUCAUCGACUCGCGGUUCCGAUACCACGCCAAGCGGCUGGGGAUACCGGUUGAGCGCAACAAACGCACCGACCUGACUAAUUUCCCCAUUGAGCGCGCCCGCCUUGAAGUGGCCGUGCCAACCGCGUUCCUCAGCGCUGUCUGCAUGAUUGGCUUUGGCUGGACAGUGCAGUACAAGACGAACCUGGCCGGGCCGUUGAUUCUGCUGUUCGUCAUCGGCUUCAGCGUCAGCGCCACCUUGAACACCAUCUCCGUUCUGGUUAUCGAUCUGUACCCGGGGCGAGCGGGCACGGUCACGGCGGCCAACAAUCUCCUGCGCUGCUGGCUGGGGGCGGGAUCGACGGCGCUCGUCGUGCCGAUGAUCGACGGGAUGGGCGUGGGCUGGACGUGCACGCUGUUCGGUCUGGUCGUCUUUGGCUGCAGUCCGAUCCUGUGGUAUAUUAUGAAGCAGGGUCCGAAAUGGCGUCGCGAGGCGCGGCCGAAGAGGGAAAGCAGGGCUGCCAGUUCUGUAUAA